AUGGCAUUGCCACUGAUUUUAAAAGGAUUAAUAAAUGAUAGUUUACAAGUAUCAAAAGAUACAAUUCCUUUAAAUGAUACUAAAUAUAUUAAAUUCUUGAAAUAUUUUGAGAAAGAAUAUAUUAAUCGUACAUCUGUAGAAUUGUGGCAUCAUGGAAAUAAUGAUAUGAAAACAAAUAAUUCUCUUGAAGGUUAUAAUUUUCGAUUGUUAACACGGUUUGGAUUACAUCCUUUUAUUUGGGAAUUUUUACAUUUUCUUAAAGACGAAGAAGCACUAGUAUCGCACAGAAUUACACAAUUGAAAGAAGGGCAGACAAAAAUAAAAAAACAUUUAUUAAAUUUGGAACAUUUAUUUACUUCAGAAUCUAUUGAUUUAAAAGAAUAUUUGAAAUCUACUUCAUUCAUGGUUGGUAAAAUUGAAAGACAAAAUAUAACGGCAAUUAAUGCUGAUUAA